AAAUAGCAACCAUCAGCUAAGAAUAAUCACAAAACGUAAAUCCUUUUUAGCAUCUCACAAUCAAUAGAUAGUAUUUUAUGAUUUCUGUAUGAGCUCAUCACUCGUGACCUCUGCAUUGGCUCCCUGUCUACUUUAAAAUUCACAACCCUGCAAGGACAAGCCGAUACGGAAAAUGAAUGGAUGGAUGUAUUUUUGGCCUUUGUAUACAGUUACACUCACUAAAUUGUAACAUUACUGAAAAGUUCAUUAAUUUCAGUAACUUAAUUCAUUAAGUGAAACACAUUAUAGAUUCAUUACACAUUGCACACAUAGUUAGAUGUUUCCAAGCCUUUAUUGCCAUUAAUUAUGUUUUUACUCUUACAGCUAAUGAAAACACAUGAUUACAAUAUUACAUCAGACUAGUAGAAUAAAACCUUAGUGCAGAAAUGUCAAUGUAAUUAAAAUGUUGUUUAUUGUCUGCUUAAAGAUAGUUUUUUAUAAAUGUGCUUUUAAUCUGCAAAACAAGCUCUUUGGAAAACAUGUUGAUUGAAUAAUUUUGCAUUACUCUCCCUUUAAAUAUCUUUAACACUUUGUAUCAGAGUGUUCAAAUCAACAAACUUGACCUCCGUGUGACUAAAUCUUGUCUCAAGCACAAAAGAGUCUUUUCAGUUGUUACUUCAUGUUGGUCAGACCCUUUUCUACCUACUUUCAUCCUCAACCUUAAGUCUAUGUUAAAAUUUUUGUUUUGUUAGUUUGGCUUUCCAAGCCUACACAUAUUUCUCACUAAAUUAUUGUGUUUGUUUCAUAUGCCUGGUAUACAUGCUGCUUGUGGGUGUAUGAUUUCAAUUUUAGUUCGAAUUUUUCUUGUAGCUUAUUUGUUUUUCAGUUUUUGUUCUUGUUUAUUUGUUCUGGAUAUGGUGCUCAACACUUUGACCAAUGAGAACUGCAUUUAUAAGUGCUAUGUAAAUCUUAGGGAUGCACCAAUACAAAGUUUGGCCUGAAAUCAAUAUCCAAUAUUAAUAUUACUGUUAUGGCCAAUAAUCAAUAUGUACCGAUAUUAUAUAUAUUUCACUGCGGUUUUGGCACCUUUGGAGAAAAACCAUUAGAAACAGAUAAAAAUAAAUAUUGGUUGUUCAUAUCAGCCCAGUUUUAUUUAUUAGACCGAUAUCGAUAUGUUAAAAAAUUCCUAAUAUCAGCUGAUACCAAUGUUGGUGCCAAUAUAUCAUGCAUCCCUAUUAAAUCAAGCAUUUCUUAAUUUUCCGAUAGCCUUUUUUUCCCAUUUUUCUGUGAACAAAAUAUUAAACUUCCCCCAAAUCAGGAUUCUGAAGCAAUGCUUAACGAAGUGGUUCAACAUUGAAGAAUGGAGUUGGAGCUCACUGGUCUUUUUUGUUUGUUUAUUUGAAGUACCCCAGUAUCUGUGUGAAAUAUAAGUUCUCUUGAGACAGGCGAGAUUUUUAUAUUUUCCACAAAACUUCAAGUAAACCUUAUAGCCAUGAUUACCUAUGAUUACCCUCAACAUUUUUUUCUAGGUAAUCACACAUCAUGUUUGGUACACAAACAGCAAUAUUUUCAGAUAUUCAAAUAUUUUGUCCCACUUAAAGGACUAAAUAUCCUAAGUUUUCUUAAGAACCGUGGUGGAAUGCUUUGCAGGUAGUGGGCCCUCAAAUAACGUCAUGCAAGCUUGAAACAGUCCUGUACAGAAGCCAAUAUUUAAGAAAAAAAAGACAAGAACGUCUUUUGUUUUAACUUUUUUUCCACCAAACUACGACAUAACUGCAAUCAGGUAAUAACAUUAAGUAGAUUUUAGCCACGCUUGAUCAAAAAGUAAUUUAUCUUUUUUUCUUCCCCAGAAUAAUAUUGGACACACAGAGGCAUGCCGUCGGACAUAAUUUCACAAGCAGGCUGUAGAGUGUGGCAUCCCACACGCACACUUACAAGACACAAACCUAUAGUGUCCAGAUUGAGUUUUCGCACUCAGUGAUGGGAUUUGAUACGUUCGUCAUGGUUUACGCACAGCAUCCCAACCGCUUUGAGACUCGACAUACUGCAUAGGCUGCGGCAACACCUGUAACGUGCGCGACGAGCCACAACUGUCAUAGUGGAAACAAUAAAACUAGUCCUGUUUCAUUAGGAGCUUAAAAAUUGAAUUCAUUACGGUUUAUCUAUGCAGCGUGUUAAUUAUGAGUUUGAUGCAUUUUGCUUCAACAUGAUCACGUGAGAUGUCAUGUAGCUACACUUUUGCAAAUAGUUUACAUGGUUUCAACUGAUCUAUAGACACUGACAGAUGCAAGCCCUCACAGUGAGGUCCAGCAGCGCUCAUGGAGAAGAAACGAGGUGCUGAAAUCAAUGUCAAAAUUAAUAUUUGUGCAUGUCAGCUACUGAUUAAAACGUCGGCAAAGUGCUGUUGAUAUGCUGCAGUUUGUCAUUCAAACAUUUCUCCCAUUCAGCGAUGCUGUGUUUCCUCCCCUGAUGAAGGCGGUAGGUUGGGGUUGCAUUUAACAUCAAUCACAUCCAGUGCACGGAGCGCACACAGUCUUCAGUCUAUCAGUUGGAGAGUGUAUGCUCUCGCCUGGGGUGUCGGAUAUGCGCUCCUCUCCUGUUUUAUCCUGUUGAAAAAAUCGGAUGCCCUUUUCGCUGGAAAAGCGUUGGGGAGUAGCUCCACCGGACCUGCCUUUUCCCAAUCACUCGAACAAAGCCUGAAGUUGGGACUUGAGGAGUUUUCAGCACCACUUUUUCGUGGACAGCGCUCGCAAUGAAUUCCGGAGACCGACGCAGCCUCGAAAUGCGUUUGGAUUCCCGCUGGAUACAAUUGAGUUACAGUGUUUCUUCACUGAAUGCACAACCGUAGUUUUUCAGGAAACCUUCUACUCUCCUAAUAUUCCAGCAGAAAAAUGAACGUUUUUUCCUUGGAUAUGGGUCACUCCAUGUAGAUUCCCCGUGGGCAGGAGAGCUGGGAAUUCGCUCUGAAGCCUGUGGACCUGAGACGGCCCGAGGGCUCUGACAUAUACCAAAUCCCUGCCCAGGGGAAUGGUGGAGAUUAAAAACUUCUGAUUGAGGUAGAGAGGAAAGGGACACAAAGACAGGGAGGGAGAGACGGAAGAGGAAAAAAGCUUAUCGUUCACCUUUGUUCUUGUUAAUGCCCCGAGUGAAGGAUCUCCAAAGAAUAACAGAAGACACAAAAACAGCUGCCCACAACAGUGGUCAAAGGAUGGAGUGAGUAAAAGAAAAGAAAGAAGCAGGAUUACAUCCUGAGAAAGAGCCAAGCUCAUAUUCUACUCUAAUUGAAUGCCUGAGAGAGGGCAUAGACAUGAGAGGAAUCCUUUUCUGUGAAAACUGCUUCAAGAGGCAGUGCAAUUAACCCUCUGGCCAUCAUAAAAUAAUACCUGGCUAUUGUUGUUUCCUGAUUGCUGGUGUGGAUUCGUGCUCGAACGGUGAUCAUGUUUCAGCCUCCAGCCUGUAGACCAAAUCAGAAUGGCUGUCAGAGAAACAUCCACAUUCUGCUGGUGCUGCUGCUGCUGCUUCUUUACAGCUCCCUCAAGGCCUCUUUGGCUGCCAAACCCAAAGGGCCAGGACAAACGCAUUUGAACUCCAUCCGCAUUGACGGAGAUAUCUCCUUAGGUGGGCUGUUCCCUGUGCAUGCCAGGGGCCAUGAUGGCAAACCCUGCGGGGAGCUGAAGAAGGAGAAGGGUAUACACAGACUGGAAGCCAUGCUCUUUGCCCUUGACCGCAUAAAUAAUGAUAAUAAUCUCCUGCCUAACAUCACACUGGGAGCAAGGAUCCUGGACACCUGUUCCAGGGACACUCACGCCUUGGAGCAGUCGCUCACCUUCGUCCAGGCUCUGAUCGAGAAGGACGGGACAGAUGUCAAAUGCCUCGGCGGGGGGGCGCCAAUCAUCACCAAACCUGAGAGGGUGGUGGGCGUCAUCGGCGCGUCUUCGAGCUCCGUUUCCAUCAUGGUGGCCAACAUACUGCGCCUGUUUAAGAUACCCCAGGUGAGCUACGCCUCUACAGCGCCGGAGCUGAGUGACAACACCCGCUACGACUUCUUCUCCCGUGUGGUGCCUCCAGACACGUAUCAGGCCCAGGCCAUGGUGGACAUUGUUAAGGCCAUGCGCUGGAACUUUGUCUCCACUGUGGCCUCAGAGGGAAACUACGGAGAGAGUGGAGUUGAUGCUUUCAUUCAGAAGUCUCGGGAGGACGGUGGUGUGUGCAUCUCACAGUCAGUUAAGAUUCCCCGAGAACCAAAGCAGGGAGAGUUUGACAAGAUUAUGCGAAGACUCGGAGAAAAUACAAAUGCAAGAGUCGUCAUACUUUUUGCCAACGAAGACGAUAUCAGGAGACUACUCCAUGCAGCAAAAAAGGCCAACCAGACGGGUCAUUUUAUCUGGGUGGGUUCAGACAGCUGGGGCUCAAAGAGCGCUCCGGUUGAGAACCAGGAGGAGGUGGCAGAGGGAGCAGUCACCAUCUUGCCGAAGCGCCAGUCCAUCAAAGGGUUUGAUAGGUACUUUAUUAGCCGCACACUGGAAAACAACAGAAGAAAUAUCUGGUUUGCUGAGUUCUGGGAGAACAACUUCAAAUGCAAACUCAGCCGUCACGCCGUGAAGAAAGGGUCCGGCCUCAAAAAGUGCACAAAUCAGGAGCGAAUAGGAAAGGACUCGGAUUUUGAGCAAGAAGGAAAGGUUCAGUUUGUUAUAGACGCUGUAUAUUCGAUGGCUCAUGGCUUGCACAACAUGCACAAAGAACUCUGCCCUGGGAAGGUGGGUCUCUGCACAAAAAUGGAUCCCAUUAAUGGUACCCAUCUCCUCAAGCAUAUUCGUCGGCUAAACUUCUCAGGCAUAGCUGGCAACCCAGUGCUCUUCAAUGAAAAUGGAGAUGCCCCGGGACGCUACGAGAUCUACCAAUAUCAGAUCAGAAACCGAACACCUGAAUACAAAGUCAUUGGUCACUGGACAGACCAGCUACAUCUGAAUGUGCGUUCAAUGCAGUGGCCGGGCGGAGUCCGUCAGGUUCCGACCUCAAUCUGCAGUCAGCCCUGUCAGCCAGGCGAGCGCAAGAAGAUUGUGAAGGGCAUUCCUUGCUGCUGGCAUUGCGAGCGUUGUGAUGGAUAUCAGUAUCAGGCAGACACCUACACAUGUAAAAUGUGUCGCUUUGAUUUGCGUCCCAAUGAGAAUCACACAGGUUGUGUUCCAAUCCCCAUUGUUAAGCUGGAGUGGAGCUCCCCCUGGGCUGUCAUCCCUGUGCUCAUCGCAGUCCUUGGCAUCAUGGCCACUUUGUUUGUGGUGGUCACGUUCGUCCGCUACAAUGAUACUCCAAUUGUGAAGGCAUCAGGGAGAGAGCUGAGCUAUGUGCUGCUAACUGGAAUCUUUCUCUGUUAUGCCACAACAUUCUUGAUGAUUUCUACCCCUGACGUAGGAAUUUGUUCCCUCCGUCGGAUCUUCCUGGGCCUGGGGAUGAGCAUUAGCUAUGCCGCUCUGCUCACCAAAACCAACCGUAUUUACCGGAUCUUUGAGCAGGGCACCAUGUCUGUAAGUGCACCCAGGUUCAUUUCUCCAGCCUCUCAGCUUGUCAUCACGUUCACACUGGCUUCAGUGCAGCUGCUCGGGGUGUGCAUCUGGUUUGGUGUGGAUCCCUCCAAGGCCAUAAUCGACUAUGAAGACCAGAGGACAUCCAACCCUGUGCUGGCUCGUGGUGUGCUCAAGUGUGACAUCUCUGACCUAUCCCUUAUCUGCUUGCUGGGCUACAGUAUGUUGCUCAUGGUUACCUGUACUGUCUAUGCCAUCAAAACAAGAGGAGUACCUGAGACAUUCAAUGAGGCCAAACCCAUUGGUUUCACAAUGUACACAACCUGCAUUAUUUGGCUUGCAUUCAUCCCAAUCUUCUUUGGCACUUCACAAUCAACAGAAAAGAUGUACAUCCAAACUACCACACUAACCAUCUCUGUGAGCCUGAGUGCUUCGGUGUCCCUCGGGUUGCUCUACAUGCCCAAGGUCUAUGUAAUUCUUUUACACCCAGAGCAGAAUGUGCCAAAGCGCACUCGCAGCCUGAAGGCUGUGGUUACCGCCGCCACCAUGUCCAACAAGUUCAACCCCAAGGCUGGACUCAGACCCAAUGGAGAGGCCAAGACUGAACUAUGCGAAAGCCUGGAAACACAAUAGGCCAAGAGGGUAUUGGUGUUAAGAAAUAACUUUGGGAGUUUAAGCCUUCUCCACAAAGCAAACCUACAUCAGCUACAGCAACCAUGCAAUCUAAGGGACAAAGGUUCUUAUCUCAAUUCAAGAUUUCCACCCCGGCGGAGAAAAAAAAUACAAGCGGUGGAAUUUCACAGCAGAAAAAAAAAAAGAAGUGUCAUUGUGUAGUGGGAGAUCGCACAAGCAUUGCCCAAAGACAUGACACGCUGAGGAGAAUCCACAAAGAGGGGCAGAGAUGGACAAAAGAGACGAAGGGACAGAUAAAUGUACAAUUUUAAGGUUCCAUCUUCUGUCAACCAAGAGUACACACACGCCGACAAAAAAAGAAAAAUACUAACAGGACAGAGGCCUGGAGACUGAAAGAUGGAGUUUUUCUUUAGUGUUUACAUUUCAGUUAUGCCGUCUUUUAGAGACUCCUGUCAUCUUACGCACUGCUGACUGGAACUGAAUCCAAAUGUUCUUAGUGUUAUCUUCAAGUACUUUAAAGGCAUCACAAGGGAUUAAUCAACACCAAAAAGGCAUGAAGACAUGAUCCAUGGACUUCUAAAACGGGCUUCUGUUUGUUUUUAUUCAUAAUACAUUCCAGUCUUAUGACUCAGAUGACUGGGAACGGGGAUCAUCUCAACAAUGCAGCAGAUCUGUACCAGACUACAUGUGUUUUUCUGUCCUCUGUCAAGGUCCAACUGAGUUAAGAAGGACCACGCUUAUAUAAGAGGAUAUUUGCCGUUUUUGAGCAUGCCAGUUUCAACAUCCUGUAUUGUGUUGUUUACCAAAUAAAAUAAGGAAAAAAUUAUGAAGAAAAAACUACAAUAUCUUUGGAAUGCUUUUAAACUUUGUUGCAGCGUUGUUGAAAUUGUUUUGGCACGAGCCUACUGUACGUUCAAAAAUCUGUUCUCAAUUGGUGAAAAGGUCUAGUGAGUGAUUGUUUAUCUGUGCUUAAGUGAGAUCAUGAUUUGUAUUAACAGCUAGCCUAAAAGGCUGCCACUGCCCUCCUCAUACUUGUAUGUACUUUGAAACGGUGGACCACGGUCGGUGUUUUAGCCGUGGGGAUCUCACUGUGAGCCGUCAUCCAGGAUGACCCUUCCAUCACUGCCAUCAGUUACCCUCCCGGUCACAUGAGAAAACGUACGGCUGAAGCUUAGCUGUACAGAUCCAUUAGCAAGGGAAUUAAGAUGAAGUAUGCCCUUGUGGAGAUCAUACAGUUUGCCCUGAGGAUGAUAUCCAUAAUGGGCAGGCUACAGAGAAAAUUCAUUACUGUACAUGUCCUCUUCUGGCACUCUCAUGAUAAGAGGGAGGGGUAAGAAAGUUGUAAAGCUUUUCAACAAAUGAAAAUCAAAUUGCAAAAGAUAUGCUAUAUCUCUAUAAAUCCACCCCCAGCUUGCUGAAUAGAUUAAUAUUUGCCUUUGUGCAGAAUAAAAGCCCUCUGAUGUCUUGGGAAAAAUGUUGUGGGGUCAUUUGUGUUGUGAGUUCAGUGCUGCUUCUCAUGCCUCCCUCUUUAUUACUUUCAACACCAUUUGUGUUGCAGAAUAAAAUGUGAGUGCUGACCAAAUUAAAUGGCAAGUUAAUGUAUGUUAUUAAAUAGAUUGAUGAUGUCUGCUUUAUGUCCUGACAUAUCCUAAAAUUGAGGAAAAUUUACAAAAAGAUGCAGUGCCUGGCUAUAUGACUAUGUAUUUGUAAAACCUCAAGAGAACUUAAGAAGUGUGUGAAGCAUGUUUAGUUUUUUUUUAUACAAAAUUUAUUAUUUCUAUUAAAAAUGUUUUAAAACAUCUGCGUCCAAUUUUAGGAUUUUGUCUAUGAAAAACUGGUUCGUGUUUCUGUUUAUUUGAUCAGUUGGGUUAAAUAAGUCUCUUCAUUUUGCAAUAAGAAAAAAAGGAAAACUAUGUCAGCAAUUGCCUGAAAAAUAUAUUUUAAAGCAGGAGCUCUGAUAAUGGCACUAGAAAAUGGUGACUCAGAGGAAAGAAACAUAAAAUUAUUUUAAUUCAAGGCUUAGCCGUGCUUAAAUCUGAGGUCUUUGAAGGCAGCAUGCUUGCCGCCGUCAUCAUCUUCCUGCCUUUCCUUACAAAAGGAUUGAAAAUAACAGUUGUUACAUAGCAAGUGUGCUAAAUGCAUGUCCACAGUGCACAAUUACAACAAUAUACAUGGGGGAGUGUACAUUAUCCUCCCACCACACAAUGGAGAGACAGUGGAGGGUAACCUCAUGAGAUUGCAGGAUUUUACAUAAUACACCAUCACGACUCCUGUUUUCUCCGUGUUUUGAACAAUGUGUUUUAACAAAUUUGACAACACCAUCUAUUCUGCAUAAAACCUCUAGAUCAUCUGUCCUGAUAAAGUCAAAACAGUCAAAACUUACGUAUAUUUUAGAAAACACACGAAGAUAGUAUGAAACAAAUCAAUUAAACUUGACCUUUUACAGAAAGAGCCUUUUAAAUUACUGUCAAAACCAGAUACAUUUAUAAGUGAAUGAUGACUUAACAUAUAUUACUGAUCUGUCCAGAAGCAUGUCAGUAUCUAUAGUUAUGUUCACACAACAGAUUUUUCUGGGCACAAAAAAUUAUUUUCAAACAGGAAUGUGUCCAUAGGCAACACAAAAAAGGGAUGCAGGAAAUGUGAGUGAGCUCUGUGGAAGCUAACAUAACCGGUAAAGAAGUUGGAUCUCUUCCAACUUCCAAAUAAUAUCUUUAUUCA